ACGCGAAUCGCUACGGGGACGCGCGUCAUGUGCUGCAAGGCUUGGCUUGAGAUUUGAGCACGAGCGUUAAAUUGAUCAGAUGCUCUAAACCCGCCAGCUGAUCUGAGGAGUACUGCGCUCGAGACCCCGAGUCUCCAUUUCCCUUUCUCCGCCAAAAACAAAAUUUUACAGGCGAAGUACUCGCCUGCGGACCGCUCGUCGUCCAAAGGCGAGGGAAAACCGAAGCGGAGCUUUUUAGGGGGGGUUCUUUAGGCGAUGGGUGCCUCUCGGAUCUUCUCGGUUACUGGUGCCACCGAAGAUGCGAGCCCGAGCUCCAGUACACGCGCUACGGCGCGUCUCCAAAACUGACGAUGCUUCUUUCAGCGACCGUUGUCGGAUUUCUCGCAUUUUGGAUUUCUCUCCGAGUUCUGGAGUAUAGAUGAUGACUGUUUUCGUCUUUUUGAAUCGUUAAGGAAUUGAGGUAGAAGCCGCAAGAGAUCACCAUCAUAUCUUAACACGGUGUUUUUCAUUUUCCCAGCGCGCGCUCACGCCCACUUCGUUGGACUGAUGUGGCUCGAAAAACAAAUGAACUUCAAUUAUUAGAAAAAAAUCAACAAAUGUCACCGAAGUGUGGAUUUUUUGGGGAAGCCCCGUCGUCUGCAUUUACGAGCGUAAUCGAGAGUUUUGCGGAGGGGAGGCUUUGCCAUACUAUACCAAACAUUGCGGAUACCACAAAAAUAAAUUAAUUAUUAAAAGAAUGGCUCGGUUCGGAGACGAAGUGCCGGCCAGGUACGGCGGCGGGGGCUCCGGUCAGGGGGGACCCGGCCGAGGCGGAAGCAGGCAAGGUGGCCCGCCGGGGGCCCAGAGGAUGUACAAGCAAUCGAUGGCCCAGAGAGCACGGACCAUGGCCCUCUACAACCCGAUCCCGGUCCGUCAGAACUGCCUGACGGUCAACCGCUCUCUGUUUCUAUUCAGUGAAGACAACCUUGUGAGAAAAUACGCCAAAAAGAUCACCGAAUGGCCUCCGUUUGAGUGGAUGAUUUUGACCACCAUCAUUGCCAACUGCAUUGUACUGGCUCUUGAGCAACACUUGCCAGACGGAGACAAGACUCCACUGUCAGAACGAUUGGACGACACGGAGCCAUAUUUCAUUGCUAUUUUCUGUUUUGAGUCGGGCAUUAAGAUUCUGGCGCUAGGAUUCGCCUUUCACAAGGGCUCCUACCUGAGAAACGGCUGGAACGUGAUGGACUUUGUAGUGGUGCUCACAGGUAUACUCUCCUCAGUGGGGUCAGAAUUAGAUCUGCGGACAUUGCGAGCAGUCAGAGUGUUGCGGCCACUAAAAUUAGUGUCAGGAAUUCCCAGCCUGCAGGUGGUGCUAAAGUCCAUUAUGAAGGCCAUGAUUCCACUGCUGCAGAUCGGUGUGCUCUUAUUUGUGGCCAUCCUCAUGUUUGCCAUCAUUGGGCUGGAGUUCUACAUGGGCAAAUUCCACAGAACCUGCUUUGACAAUAUCACAGGCGAGUUAUAUGAUGAACAGCCCUGUGGUGAUUCGCUGCCCGCUCGAGCAUGUCCAGAAGGAACGGAUUGUAGGGAAUACUGGCAAGGACCAAACUAUGGCAUCACACAGUUUGAUAACGUCCUCUUUGCCGUGCUCACUGUUUUCCAGUGUAUCACCAUGGAGGGUUGGACCGAUAUGCUUUAUUACAGUAAUGAUGCCUUAGGCAGUGCCUGGAACUGGAUGUACUUUGUUCCCCUCAUCAUCAUCGGAUCCUUCUUCAUGCUCAAUUUAGUGUUGGGUGUCCUCUCUGGUGAGUUUGCUAAAGAGAGAGAGCGUGUGGAGAACAGAAGUGAGUUCCUGAAACUCAGACGGCAGCAGCAGAUCGAGAGAGAGCUCAACGGGUAUCUGGAGUGGAUCUGCAAAGCAGAGGAGGUCAUACUUGCUGAGGAUGACAAUGGCACUGCAGGAUCCCGUCGCAGGCCCACCCUAAAGAAAAACAAAGCUGACCUGUUAAAUCCAGAAGAGGGAGAGGACCACAUGGGAGAUGCAGUUGGCUCUCCUUUUGCGCGCGCCAGCAUAAAGAGCGGGAUGGGAGACGGAGCACACUUGAGCAAGAAGGAGCGACGUUUUCGUUUUUUGAUUCGAAAGAUCGUGAAGACCCAGGCGUUCUACUGGACCGUCCUCAGCCUGGUGGGACUCAACACACUGUGUGUCGCUGUGGUGCACUAUGAUCAAUCCGAGUUACUGUCGGACUUCCUCUAUUAUGCUGAGUUCAUUUUCCUAGGCCUCUUUAUGUCAGAGAUGCUGAUUAAGAUGUACGGACUGGGGACGCGCCCUUAUUUCCACUCCUCAUUCAACUGUUUCGACUGUGCCGUCAUCGUCGGCAGUAUAUUUGAGGUGUUUUGGGCCAUGGUGAAGCCGGGGACAUCCUUCGGAAUCAGCGUGUUACGAGCUCUGCGUCUGCUUAGGAUCUUCAAAGUCACCAAAUAUUGGGCAUCUUUGCGUAAUCUGGUCGUUUCUCUUCUGAACUCCAUGAAGUCCAUCAUUAGUUUACUCUUCCUCCUCUUUCUCUUCAUCGUAGUCUUCGCUCUUCUUGGCAUGCAACUCUUCGGUGGCCAGUUUAACUUUGACCAAGGCACUCCUCCCACAAACUUUGAUACCUUCCCUGCUGCCAUAAUGACAGUGUUUCAGGUUCUAACAGGUGAGGACUGGAACGUGGUGAUGUAUGAUGGGAUUGAGUCUCAGGGAGGGGUGGAAAAAGGCAUGAUCUUCUCCGUAUUCUUCAUCGUCCUCACACUCUUUGGCAACUACACACUGCUGAAUGUGUUCUUGGCCAUCGCUGUGGACAACCUGGCCAACGCUCAGGAACUAACUAAGGAUGAACAAGAGGAAGAGGAAGCCACAUCUCAGAAGCUUGCUCUCCAGAAAGCAAAAGAAGUGGCAGAUGUCAGCCCGCUGUCUGCCGCAAACCUCUCCAUCGCUGCAGUUACAGUAAAAUCUGAACGUAUCGAUGCCACAGACAGUUUACUGCACUGUAAAGAGCAGCAGAAGAACUCAAAAGGUUCCAAGUCUGUUUGGGAACAGCGCACGAGUGAAAUCCGCAGACAGAACCUGAUGACCAGCAGAGAGGCGCUUUAUAAUGAACUUGAUGCUGAAGAACACUGGAAGAUGAAUUGUCGCAACCGCACUGAGACGAAGACCCACUUGGACCGCCCACUAGUCGUCAAUCCUCAAGAGAACCGCAACAACAACACCAACAAGACCCGACCAGGUGAACCGGAGCUUAACCAGCAGCGUGGUGAACAACACUUGCCGCACCAAUCCAGACAUCACCACCAUCACCACCACCAUCACCACACCCACUCCAGCCGCCAGUCUCUACACCACUCAGAGCUUGGGGAAGCAGGGUAUGAUAGAGGAGGCGAUGACGUGGAAGUGGCGGUGGAGCACAGACGACCCCGACACCAUCAGCACAGAAGACGGGAUGAAGAUGGAGGAGAACGAGGAAGAAGACACAGAGAACACCACAGCAGAGGUGGAGAGCUGGGAGGAGAAGGGGAGGAGGGGCAAGAAAAGAAGCAGAGGAGGCAUCGCCAUGGAAACCAUGGGGAUGGAAACGGAAGGAAGGAUAGGGAACGAAGUCGACAGAACCGGGCGAGAAAAGAGUGUAGUUUAUCAACAGUUCAGCCAGGGUUUUCUCACGGGGAGAGCCAGUACAGCGAGAAUCUGGAUAACCUUCGCAACAGCAGCAAGAUGGCCAUCCACGACCCCGACCCUGACCUUUAUGACCCCUACUGUCCAGAGCAGACCAAUAACCUGCUGAACCUUCAAGGACCAGAUCUGCAUGACAGCAGUCUCAUUCUGACCGACUCCGGGAAGCUGGACAACACCGCCAUAGAUAUGCCCCCCAUUUACCCCUCACUUAAUGCCAAAUUACAGGUAAAUAAGAACGCCAACACAGAACCUGGCGAGAAAAAAGAAGAGGAGGAAGACGAUGGUGGUGGCGAAGAUGAACCUAAACGCAUUCCACCUUUUAGUUCCUGUUUUAUACUAUCCACCACUAACCCGUUCAGGAGAUGUUGUCACUACAUCCUGACAUUGAGAUAUUUCGAGAUGUGCAUUUUAUCCGUCAUCGCCAUGAGCAGCAUUGCUCUAGCAGCAGAAGACCCGGUGUCGCCUGAAUCACCUCGAAACAAUGUCCUGCGGUACUUUGACUAUGUCUUCACCGGUGUAUUCACCUUUGAGAUGCUCAUCAAGAUGGUGGUCUUAGGCUUGGUUUUCCACGAGGGCUCGUAUUUUCGUGACCUGUGGAACUUUCUGGACUUUGUAGUGGUUAGUGGUGCCCUGGUAGCCUUUGCCUUCACGGGGAGCAGUAAAGGGAAAGACAUUAGUGUCAUCAAGUCUCUGAGAGUCCUAAGGGUGCUACGUCCUCUCAAAACCAUCAAACGUCUUCCCAAACUCAAAGCUGUGUUUGACUGUGUAGUAAACUCUCUGAAGAACGUCUUGAACAUCCUCAUCGUCUACAUGCUGUUCAUGUUCAUCUUUGCUGUGGUGGCAGUUCAGCUCUUUAAAGGACGAUUCUUCUACUGCACAGAUGAGUCCAAAGAGUUCGCCCGUGACUGCAGGGGCGAGUAUUUGGUGUACGAGCGUAAUGAGGUGAAAUCGCAGAAGCGGGAGUGGAAGAAGUACGAUUUUCACUACGACAACGUGCUUUGGGCCCUGCUUACCCUCUUUACCGUGUCCACUGGAGAGGGGUGGCCACAGGUGUUAAAACACUCGGUGGACUCCACUUAUGAGGAUCAGGGCCCGAGCCCGGGGUACCGGAUGGAAAUGUCCAUCUUUUACGUGGUGUACUUCGUUGUCUUCCCCUUCUUCUUCGUAAACAUCUUUGUAGCUCUCAUCAUCAUCACCUUCCAAGAGCAAGGAGACAAGAUGAUGGAGGACUACAGCCUCGAAAAAAAUGAGAGAGCGUGUAUUGAUUUUGCUAUAAAUGCCAAACCUCUGACACGGCACAUGCCUCAAAACAAGCAAAGCUUUCAAUACCGAAUGUGGCAGUUUGUGGUGUCUCCUCCUUUUGAGUACAGUAUCAUGACUCUCAUUGCGCUCAACACAAUUGUCCUGAUGAUGAAGUACAAGGGCGCCUCUGAAGCAUAUGAUGACGUUCUAAAGUACCUGAACAUUGUGUUCACCACACUCUUCUUUAUGGAGUGUAUUCUAAAACUCAUUGCCUUUGGCAUCAAAAAUUACUGCCGAGACGCUUGGAAUAUUUUUGAUUUUGUCUCCGUUAUCGGCAGCGUCACAGAUAUUUUAGUGACAGAGAUCGUGGAAAACUUCAUAAACCUGAGUUUUCUGAGACUCUUCCGAGCAGCUCGUCUCAUUAAGCUCUUGAGGCAGGGUGGGACCAUUCGCAUUCUGCUUUGGACCUUCGUUCAAUCCUUUAAGGCUCUCCCGUAUGUGUGCCUUCUCAUUGCAAUUUUGUUCUUCAUCUAUGCCAUCAUUGGCAUGCAGUUGUUUGGAAACUUGGCACUGGAUGAAGAGGGAGAGAGCGCGAUCAAUGAACACAACAACUUCAGAACCUUCAUCAUGGCCCUCAUGCUACUCUUCAGGAGCGCCACGGGAGAGGCGUGGCAUGAGAUCAUGCUGGCUUGUCUUGGUGGGAUGCCGUGCGAUGAAAACUCUGGGAAUGAUGGAGACGUGUGCGGCAGCAACGUCGCCUAUGCUUACUUUGUAUCUUUCAUCUUCCUAUGUUCUUUCCUGAUGCUGAAUCUCUUUGUCGCUGUCAUCAUGGAUAACUUUGAAUACUUGACCAGGGAUUCCUCCAUCCUGGGUCCACAUCAUUUGGAUGAGUAUGUCAGGAUAUGGGCCGAAUACGACCCUGCAGCUUGCGGGCGCAUUCAUUAUAAGGAUAUGUACAGUUUAUUGCGGGUUAUCGACCCCCCGCUGGGCUUAGGCAAGAAAUGUCCUCAUAGGGUGGCCUGCAAGAGACUGCUGCGUAUGGACCUACCUGUUGCUGAUGACAACAGUGUACAUUUUAACUCGACACUGAUGGCCUUGAUCCGCACAGCCCUGGACAUCAAAAUCGCCAAGGGAGGCGCAGACAAGCACCAGAUGGACGCGGAGCUCCGUAAGGAAAUGAUGGCGAUUUGGCCAAAUCUUUCCCAGAAGAACCUGGAUCUGCUGGUAACGCCACACAAGUCAGCAACAGACCUCACGGUGGGCAAGAUCUACGCCGCCAUGAUGAUAAUGGAGUAUUACCGGCAGAGCAAAGCCAAAAAGCUGCAGGUGCUUCGGGACGAGCAGAACCGAACGCCAUUAAUGUUUCAGCGCAUGGAGCCGUCUCCGAUCCAGGAAGGGGGGCAGGGGUUGAACGGCCUCCCCGAGUUACCGCAGGAACCUGUCAACAGCCUACCUCCAGAGGGCGGAAUAACUGAGAGCCAGUCAUGGGUGACAUCACGUGCCCAGGAAAUGUUUCAGAAGCCUGUCCCGGAAAACUGGAACCCAGACAGACCUUAUACUGACGAUCACCACCACAGCCGCAACAAUCCACAGACGGUAGAAAUGAGAGAGAUUGGGCCUGUUGGGGACGGUUACUCGGACACUGAGCCCUAUCACCCAAUGGAAGGGCAUGGCCGGACCAUCUCCAUGCCACGCCUCUCAGCAGACAACCAAAGUUUGCGUUCUGCUGCGACCAUCACUGAUACAAGUCCAAUGCACCGUUCCACAUCCUCACUGGUCCACGGACGUUCAGGUCGGGGCGUAAGAUUGGACGAUUACUCUUUGGAGAGAGUGGUGUCAGAGGAGGGCCACCGGCACGGUCCAAGAAGAAGAGAUCGCGAUCGAGACCGGGACAGAGAUCGCAGUCAUCGCACUUCGGAGAGAUCACUCGCUCGCUACACAGAUGCAGAUACAGGUCUUGGCACGGAUCUCAGCACCACUACGCAAUCAGGUGACCUUCCACCUAAAGAAAGAGAACGAGAGCGGGGGCGAGCGAAAGACCGCCGCCACCACCACCAUCAUCAUCAUCACCACCACAGCUCGAUGGAUAAAGACCGUUACGGUCACGAUCGCGACUACCAUCGUCAUGCUCACGACAGAUCUGAUCGCCACUGGUCUCGCUCGCCGAGUGAGGGGGGAGGGCACAGACAGGGCAGUAGUUCCGUGAGCGGAAGCCCCGUUCCUUCGACGUCGGGGACCAGCACCCCCCGGCGUGGCCGUCGCCAGCUGCCCCAGACCCCGUCUACACCGCGCCCUCACGUCACCUACUCCCCCGCUGUCCGCAAGCCCCCGUACGGCUCCCCGGGACAGGGUCGACUCCGCUCCCCAUCUCCAAGACACUUCUCUCCGCCAGGUCACGAACCGCCCUACAACCGACCGCCCUCCCGCCACGCCUCGCCCCAUCACGGGUCGCCCAGGUCUCCCCGACACGCGUCCCCUCGCUCUCCCAGGCACGCUUCGCCCAGAUCCCCGCCUCACGGCCGCUGGGGCCCGCCACCGGACAGCGUGGAGGGCGAUGCACCGUUCUACGACCGGGACUAUGAAUACGAACGCCACAACGACCCGCCUGCCUAUGAGCAGAGUUUAUCGCAGGGCAACCCUCAUUCACACCCUCGCUCGCCAAGGACUGCUCGUCAAGGGCCUCCCGCUCACCCGCGCCGUAUGCCUAAUGGCUACCGCUCCUCCUCGCCCUCCCCGCACCGCCGCGGCCCCCACCCAGGUCCACAACGGCCGUCACAUGGCCGUGGGCCCCGGAAGGGGUUGCACGAACCCUAUAGCGAGACGGACGAGGAUGAUUGGUGUUAGCGCAAAGGGUGAUCAGGAGGGGGCGCCGCUCACCGUAAGCCAACUCGACAUGUUUAUGCAUAGCAGCAGGGAGAGGGGGAGUGGGGGGGAUAGAGGACAGUACAAACACACUUAUCAUCACAUGGAUAAAUGGAUGUGUGUGUGAUACUGUGAGACUCUUAACAAUGGAGCAGCACAGACAAAUCAAAUUCUGAAGGGUUUAACUACAGCUCCCCUGCUUCCUCUCUCUCUCUCUCUAUUGCUGUCUCCUGCUCUCUGGACUGCAUUUCCCACAAUGCUCAGCAUGCAAGGGAAUGUUUAUGGGAGUAAAUUAGAGAUUUAGUGGGGUGGAGCAGAUCGUUGGUUUAUAGAUGGACUAAACUGCUUUAAAAAUCAGUGUUGCUAUGUUUGAAGGCUCCCCCCGGACUGUACAAGACCAAGCGGUUUUUGCUGAUGGAAAUAAAGAGGAAACGUAAUAACCUCCUCUCUUAAUCAAAAUAUGGAAUUUUGAAAAUAAAGCCAGAAUCCCUCUUUUGUCCUUACAUCUAUGCCUCUCGAAAAAAGACCCAAAAAUGGACGCAAAGGAAAGACUUAAAAGAAAAAGCAAGUGCUCUUGUACAUGAGAGCUCUACCUACUGCAAAACCAGCCACAUGUGCUGGCUGAUAUCGAUGAGUUUUAUCAUCUCUGUUUACUGUUACCAACUCAAGAUGCUGAGUAACCUCAUCACCUGGGGGAGGGGUUUACCGUAAAGAGGCGUGGCAUAUGAAAGGACCCAGUGCAGGCAAGAGGGGACGGGUGGGGUGGUCAAACCCCGCCCAAAAACUGCCACUCAGUCCUGACAAGGUGGAAAAGAAGGAAACGGCUGAUGAGGGAGGGAUGGACUUUUUCCUCUUCAGAAUGUCUUCGAUUGAUUAAUUCUUCUUUUCGAACAUUUGGAGCUUGGUUAUUCUGUUGCAUUUGCUCAGCUUUCUUUGAUAUUUUUGGACUCAAAUCUGAUGGAAACUUGCAUGAUUGAUUUAAAAAAAAUCUAUAUAUAUAUAUCAGACAGAAGAUUUACUGUGGGAAUGGGGGGGGGUGAUAGCUCUCUUUUUUUCCGUUAAGUUGGAGGAUGUUCUUUCUCUCGUUUUCUCCCUGUUGCUCUUGCCUUGUCUGUAGAUCUUUAUGUGCAGAUGGAGUAUAUAGACAGCAGAUGUAGAAAGAUGGAGACGUAAAUCUGAAGAUGUUUUCUAGGUUCCGUCCAUCUGAGGAUCCCAGAUAAUGCUCUGCACUGUUUAUUAUUACCUUGGAUUGCACUACAAAGAGCCCUAAUCGCGGCUCUGUCGGCCAUGGCUGCAAACAGAGAGAGAACCAGGGGGAGAGAAACUCUUCAUCUUUCUAAAGGCUUCAUUUACUAUUGUCAAUAACAAUAGACUUAAAAUGAUGAAAAACCUUAAUGCAAUUGAUGACGAUGACGGUGAUGCUGACAUGUGACUUUGUUGUCUUGUUUUGGGGAGUUUUGUCUCUUGUGGCCAUCUUGUUUCUAACUCUUCUUUAUUUUUCGGUUCUGUUCAGCACUGGUUGAAGUCUAAAAGGGUGCAUCCUGAAGUUUACUUAAUUGUAACCUCAGUUUUGUAGAAUACUCAAAAGCUCAAAAGCUCCUGAAUGUUUAAAGAGGAGAGUCGGGCCACAUCCUUGGACAGUUUUUGCGUCGAUGUUACAUAAAGACGAAAAGGAACUGAAAAUCAGGGUUCAUUUCAUAUUUAUUUUUCAACAGUUAAAGAUCUAGACAAGAGCAGUUUUAUUGAGGGUCAGUUAUUACACCCUGAAUUAUAAUUUCACAGCUGUAGAGUUAGUGCAAGAUAAACUUUUGGGUGAUGAAUGUCGUUUACUCUUUGUCCACUUAGCGGUGCUGUUGCGCAGCUUUACCCAGACUACGGACAAACAGUCCAGCAUGAAGUAGGGCAGAACUGUCCCGAAAGGUCAUGUAGCAGGUUACAAUACGUCUGUCAAAGCUCGUGUUUGUCUUCUGACAGUCGUUUUUUUUUUCAAGUUUGACCUGAAAUUUAGUAAAGUGACUGGAAAUGUUUUUUCGCCCCUGCCUUCCUGUUCCCUACCAUGGGCAACUUGUAUGUCUUUGGCUGCCUGCUCAAUCUGAGACCCUCUUCCCUUUUCUGCUCAGGAUACGACAGCCAAACGUAUAUCUCACAGGGGUGUAGAGGUGCGGCGUAUUCAGCCAUCCCUACUGUCCAACUGAUAAAACCAUCUCAAAAAAUUUCAAUAGACUUUCAUUCAUUAAUCUCCCAUUACAGGUUUUUCGUGCAUGUGUAGAACGCAAAAUGUAAUGGACUUAAUGGACCUAAAGGGAAUUUGAAUCAUGUUGUCUCCUAUGAGAAAUAUAAUUUAUAUGAAAUAAUUUAUAAUUUAUAUAAGAGUGUACCAUUAAAAAUGAGCGUAGAGGAUUUGAUCUUAAAAGUCUUCGAGAAACAUCUGAGGUUGUGUUGAGAUCCUUGACUUUUUGUAGACACGUGGGAGAUUCCCAUCAUCUUUUACGUAAAAAAAACAUGAGGAGCAGCACUUGCUCUCUAUUUGUUCUCCAAUUGAGACACAAUUGAGAAGUGUUAAUGACAAAAAAAUGACAACUUUUAGUAGAUUUGACACAAAGCGAUCUCAUUCUGCACAUCAUCUGGUCAGUUGGACAGUCCUGUUUUUUUCUCAUGUUUUUUUAUUGUUAUUUUGUUCAAGAAACCCCAGCCAAGGGGUCCUGAAUUUUACACCUUUUAUAAAAAAAUAUUUUGAGGAAGUAGACCGCUGUUUUGUUAUCUGGGUGUCUAUGUUUGGCCCACAUUUAUUCACAGCUGGUCCCCGGUUAGCCCCAGGUUUGAUGCCCAUGGGUCCAGAUGAACCUGCAGAGCCACAGUGCCUUCUGUUCUGGUGUCGCACACUACCCUUCCCCUGCCUCUCGUACCCCCGUCCCCCCUCUCUCUCUCUCUCUCUCUCUCAAUGUGAUGGACUCAGUCACACUACGCCUUAACAAGUCCCCAUGUCUGCGCUGUCUGCUGGGCUUUUUAAAGACAGGGAGGCACGGUUAUAUGAUGGGGUGAGAUCCCAGUUACUCUAAGAGUAAUGAAGGGAAAUGACAACCAAGUUUUGUCAGGGUGUCCAUCUUGGCUCUCUUUCUCUCUUAGCUAUGCUUCCUCGAGCAGCCAUCGUCGAUUCGUCUCACCCUGCUUGUUCAGAGAGCUGCAUCGAAUAUCGAAGGGGUCGUUCUACUUUCUCAGGUCUUUAGCAAAAGGACAGGAAGGCUUACUUUUGUCAGGCAUGAACGUUAGUGCAUGGUUAAGAUUCUCCCCAUUUAGAAGUUCUCUUGGUCUUGUAUUCUUUCGCCCGAAACACUUGAUGCCGAACUGCAGAAAAUGUCCUCGAUAGAUUAAGAUUUUAUUUAUAAAAGGCUAUUUUUAGGAGGUGCACCAUUCUUUGGCUCUGCUUGUUCAUCAGUUUCGGUUCUGACCCUCUUUUGCUCUUUACAUCAUUUUUGUGUCACAUCUUCAUUUUCCGUGUCAACAGAAAAUCGUUUUCUGUUCGCGGCACUAUUUCGAGCGAACCAUCUCAGAUACACAACACAUUUGCGCGAGCACGUGUUGUUUCCUUUCGUUUUGGAGAAACAACCUGUGUUUUUGUUUGUUUUACUCAAAAUAAGGGCUUUCCUACAACGGUUGAGUGCUGCCAAAAUAAGUCACCCUCUAUGUAGCUACACCACUUCCCUUGGUCUCCCUUUGUACAGAACAGAACUACAUGUGUGUGCAUGCUAAUGUGCGAGGGGAACUGGAGAAUUGGGAGGGGGGUGAUGGGAAAUGUAGUUUUUUUUCUGUACGUAUGAGAGCAAGAAUAUGAGGCACAGGCAUUGUGCAUGCCAAAAAAAAGUUGUUUGAAAAAUCAGAAAUGGAUACAAAUCGUCAUUAUGUAAUGUGCACUGAGUAUUUUAGUGCUGGGUUUGCCAAUCCAUUUCUGCUCAGCAUCCACCAUAGCACAUUUCAUUAUCGCCUUCCCAUGUGAUCCUCAUCCAAGAUCGGAUCCAAUGGAGUCACCGCCAUUUUUUCAUGUAGCAGAAGAUCGGAAGGGUUGGGUUCAUCGGCGUGACAGUGGGCAAUGUCCUCUGCAAAAGUAUGUGUGCGUGUGUCUGCGAACUGACUAGAAGGCAAGUUGUUAAAUAGUGCCUUACAACGAACAGUCCAAGAUUUUCCAUCGAAGUUAUACGACCACAGAUACGAAGCCAUGGCAAAGCAAAGAGGGUCAGCUGUCUCAUCAUCAUCCUGUUUGUACCUCAGUCCAAUUGUCUAACCAUGUUUGUCCACUGUCUUUCUGACGUUUUUGGGACUAACAUAUCUCUAUUUCUCUUCUGUAAACUCUUGUAUAUCUCAUUCAUAAACUUCCUGCAGCAGCCUGUGUGUCCAUCCUCUUUUCUUAAGCAUUGCCAUGUUUCUUUUUGUUUAUGUCUCAUCCAAGCCCUGUUGUUCUUUGUGCAUGUCAAGAAACACAUUUAUUCAAACACGUGUUCUUUAGGGAAAGAUUUAUCAGAUUUAUUUAACAAAGUUGUCUUAUAUUGAAAUGAACAGAUAAAAAGUAUUAUUUUCAUAUUAUAAUAUAAUAAAUGAUUUUGGUUUCAUAAAAAAAAAUAUAUUCAUUCAAACAUGAAAGUAUCACACUUCAAUUGCCAUUGACAGAAAUGAGGUUAAAUCUAGCAAUUUAACAAAAUACUAAAAACAAUUGACGGAAUGUGAAUCGAGUCCUGUUCAGGAAGUGGAUCUCGAGACAGGAAGUGGCUUUCACGGUCGUCAGCAAAACUGCGCCACUCGUUUGUGUCAGGGGAAAUGAGUUUGUGUGAAUGUGCGAGAGUGUGCAGCCACUGUCACCAUGACACCCGUAUACCCGUCCCACCUUUGAAUUACCCAUCAUUCCACCCACCAUCCACACACUACUGACCUGAACCAUUUAGAAGCAAAAGAGGACGUUUAAAGAGAAAAAAAAUGACCAUGAAAUAGAGAGGUAUUUAAUUACUGAUUUGCAUGUGCAAUGUGCAUGCCACUAUGUGGGUUAACAAGUCAACUUCAGGAAUUAUAAAACAUAAAAAGAAAUAUAAAGAAAAGAGUAUAUAUAUAAAUAUAUAUAUAUAUAUGUAUAAAUAUAGAUAGAUGUUUUUAUGAGCAAUGUGUUACUUUUUUCUUCUAUUUUUAAAAACGGAAAAGACAAAAAAGACCACCAAGAGGAAAAAAUAUACACAAGAUAUGACAUGGUUGAUGAAUAAAAAUCAUAGAAUGUUCGUUUGUUUCUAUUGCCAACUGUUCUCUUGAAUUGUGGGUAAGGUGAGCUCACAACAUGCUGUGGAAAUGUACUACAAAAAAUUGUAAAAGUUGAAAAGAUAUCUAGUAGCUCUCGGUUAUGAGAAACUGCACAUCAAUCUGAUUUAAAUAAGAAAUGCAAAACCCUUUUGCUGAUGUUGAGCUGUGAAAGAGGCUGCCUGAACCUGGUGAUGUUACACAUUUAUUCUGGCUAUGAAAAAUCCCCCUUUUUCUCUCUCUUCCUCUAACUCUGUCUCUCUGCUAUUUCUACCAGUGCAUUUUGUAAUUGCGAACAGAACUCUUCCUAAAGAACCUGAAUAAAAAACAGAGAGAAUGCAUUCUAA